GGGAAGAACACAACAAUAAACUUCCUAGGAUUCUCAGGUCCUUCGAAGUUUGUUGGGCCUAAUCUUCGCUAACUCAGAAAAAGGGGCAAAGUUUUGGGUCCUUACCCAUGAAUAUCCACUGCCGUACAACUCCGAUCAAAAGAGCCCCUACACAAUGCAAUAUCUAUGAUGAGGGUAAGAAUGCGGUGAUUGCCCUUUUUGGGGUGGCAAAAUGCAAGCAGCCAUCUGUUAUCUUUGUCGAAAAUAUUGACUGUAUUUUAUCAGCGUGUGAAAGUGAAGGUCGGGAUGAUAAAUUUAUGCGGACCAGAAAUAGAUUUAUGAAGGAGAAACAGUUGGUUGAAUGGGAGGGUGGACAGAUUCUUGUGAUUGGUUCAAGUACUAGACCGGAAUUGCUUUCCCAAGAAGUGCUAAACGUGUUUCGGAAUAGGUUAUAUCUACCCUUGCCCUCGUUCAAAGCUAGGUGGUCCAUUAUCGAGGGAUUUUUGGAGAGAGAAUGACUGUUUCGCCUGUCAUGGUCUGACUUGCAUGCUAUUUGCCACAUGACUGCAGGUUACUCUGCUACGGAAUUAGAGGCGGUAGUCAAGCAUGCGGUAUCUCUCGGUGCAUUGUCGAAUUUCG